AUUGAAGAUAGAAUUGAAAUAUCCCCAGAAUCAAUGAAAAUUUCUAAACAAAUUGCAAAGCAUAUCAAAGAAAAUGGUGGUACAUCACUUAUUAUUGAUUAUGGACAAGAUUUCAUUCAAGGAAAUACUUUGAGGGCAAUAAAACGACAUGAAUUCGUUCAUCCAUUAAGUGACCCAGGACAAGUAGAUUUAAGUGCUGAUGUGAACUUUCAUUAUUUAAAAGAAUCAGUAGCAGAUUUAGUCGAUGCAUAUGGUCCUGUAACCCAAUCAAAAUUUCUUCAAUCACUUGGUAUAAAGGCUAGAUUAUUAAUGUUGUUAAAGAAUGCAUUGCCUGCAAAACGUAAAGAUUUAAUAUCUUCAACCGAAAGACUUGUUCACCCUUCAGCCAUGGGUGAAAUUUUUAAAGUAUUGGCUUUUGUGCCAAAGGGAUCUUUAGAAGUACCUAUUGCUUUUGAAAAAUUGAAUGAUAAGUAA